AAGCUGCGUCCGCCUACAGCCACAGGAGUAAACACUACAAUUCUGAAGCCAUGGAGACGCAACCCUCAGCUUCCUGCUGUCCUCUGCAGCAGAACUCGCUUCUUGAAAGAUAGAAAAUGAUACCAAGCUUUAGCACAAUGGCUUCAGCAGAGACUCCGUGCUGCCGCCGUAUUGAUAGCAGCAUUUGGUGCUCUUUGGCUCAAAGUCCAGCUUUCACAAUAAGAGAGAAUCGCUCUAGCUGCUGUAGCUCCUCCCAAACCCUAGUCGUUCACUGUUCCGCUCGCCGCCGCAGUAGAAGAUUAAUUUUGCGCUCGUUCUCUUCGUCCUCAUUCUCUUUAUCGUUCAUAAACCCCUUAAGCGGAAAUGGCAGAGUCGUAACAAUGGGGGUCGGACGAAGAGGAGGACCGAUUACCGCGGCAGAAGAUGAGGAGCAAGAAGGAAAAGGUGAUGCUCUUGAGCCGGAGGAAGGGGAUCCAAAAGAUAUAGCAGGUGGAAGAGAAGAUGCGGGCGAGCUGCAGAAAGGAUCCCGUGGGAUUGUCUCCUCCAUAGAGGAAGCGUUGCCAACCAAGGAUUUGGUAACGCUUGCUUCUUGCGUUGUCGGCCUCCUCACUGGUGUUGGGGUCGUCCUCUUUAAUCAAAUCGUUCACAAAAUUCGUGAUUUUUCCUGGGAUGGUAUACCCUCCCGAGGUGCAUCUUGGCUGAGAGAGGAGCCUGUCGAGGCAGUUUGGCUGAGAGUUAUACUUGUUCCUGCAUGUGGGGGUGUUAUUGUUGGCAUGUUGAACAGCUUGCGUGCUUAUCUGGAAGAUCCAUCUGAGGGAAAUGGGACUUCUGAUGUAAGGGGUGCUCUUGGCUCAUUUGUCAAGGCAAUAGCUGCUUCUGUCACCCUUGGGACUGGAAAUUCAUUGGGACCUGAGGGUCCCAGUGUUGAGAUUGGCUCAUCUAUAGCAAAGGGUGUUAGCAAUAUAUUCAAAUGGAACGGCGGAAAAAGUUUGUCAAUUGUUGCUGCUGGAUCUGCGGCUGGAAUCUCAUCAGGGUUUAAUGCUGCUGUUUCUGGAUGCUUUUUUGCUGUGGAGUCGGUCCUUUGGCCAUCUCCUUCAGUUUCAUUCUCGUCCUUGACAAAUUCAACUUCAAUGGUCAUACUCAGUUCUGUUAUAGCAUCCAUUAUUUCAGAAGUAGGUCUUGGUUCAGAUCCAACUUUCACAGUCCCAGAUUAUGAUUUCCGUUCUCCAAGUGAACUUCCUUUGUAUCUUUUGCUCGGUAUCCUGUGUGGGUUGGUGUCAUUGGCCCUCUCCAGGUGCACGUCAUUUGCUCUGAAGGUUGCUGACAAUCUUCAGAAUGCUAUAGGAUUACAGAAGGCUCUGUUUCCUGCAUUGGGUGGCCUAACUGUUGGCUUGAUUGCCUUAGCAUACCCUGAAGUCCUUUACUGGGGAUUUCAGAAUGUUGACAUUUUACUGGAAUCACGACCUUAUGUAAAUGGUCUCCCUGCUGGUGUUUUGUUUCAAUUGGUUGGUGUAAAAAUAGUAGCAACAUCUAUAAGCCGUGCUUCAGGACUGGUGGGCGGAUAUUAUGCACCAUCUCUUUUUAUUGGAGCAGCAACAGGCAUGGCAUACGGGAAGUUUGUGGGCUCUACAUUUUCUGGACCCAAUGCAUUAUUUCACCUUCCUAUCUUAGAUGUCGCAUCUCCUCAGGCAUAUGGUCUGGUUGGAAUGGCAGCUACCCUUGCAGGUGUUUGCCAGGUGCCGUUAACAUCAGUUCUUCUUUUGUUUGAGCUCACCCAGGACUAUCGGAUAGUUCUGCCACUGCUUGGAGCUGUGGGUUUAUCAUCUUGGAUUUCCUCUAAUCAAAAUGGAAAAAGGAUUCAUGAAGAUGAAUUAGAUCAGGUGGAAAGCAGUCGUUAUGGACUUGAAGGCUCGCUAAACAAUGACAAGGAAUUUGAUUAUUCUCAAGUUACUACUGAAUUGCCACGAAGUGGUGAUUUAUGUGAGCUUGAGAGCUCACUCUGUGUAUAUGAUCGCGGUACUCUUAUGAGUGACUUUGCCAUGAGGCUUACUGUUGCACAGGCUAUGAGAACUAGAUACAUAACCGUCCAGAUGAGCACCACAAUAACUGAGGCCAUCGAACUGAUGUUCACAGAGAAGCAGCUGUGUGCACCAGUAACAGAUAACAGCAAUCUUCUUCUUGGACAGUUGUCACUUGAAGAUAUUCAAGAAUAUAGCAGACUCGCACAAGCUUAUGGAAAAACUGAAGUUGACAAAAUUCAGAUAUCUGAAAUCUUCCAAACUAAAGAGAAGAAGUACCGUGUAUGGACUGCAUCACCAAACAUGACCCUCGGUAAUGCUGAAAUGAUCAUGGAUUUGCAUGGGUUGAACCAGCUUCCUGUUGUGUCACAGAUGGUCGAUGGUCAAAAUAGAGGACCCUUGAUUGGUCUGCUGGACAGAGAAUGCAUAAAGGUCACGUGCAGAGCAUUGGCAAUAAAAGAGCUUCUCAGUCCAUCAUUUGUGAAAAGAAAGCACGGUUACUGAGUUGAACCUAAAUAAGUUUGAUGAGCUGUUGAUUGCAAAAUGUAUAUAGCAUUCAAUGCAUGAUACUGCUUACUGUUUUGAUUGACUGUCAUGGUGGCUUUAAGCUAUUUUUAUGGCACAAUGUAUAGUUUUGAACGACUAUAUUCAUUAAUUAUCAAUUCUAAAGUUAGCAGGAUGAGAGUUA